AAACUUUUUAUUGUAGGCUAGAUAGAAGUGUGUACUAUAGAAUAAUGUAAUUAUAAUUAACUUAGCUUGUAAUCAUAAUUAGUCACAGGAUGACCAAAGAGUACUAGGAUUAUACUUAGAAAAACAAAUAUGUGGAAUUGUUGCUACCUAGAAGAAAACCAUACACAAUAAAUUGCAAACAUAAGAUUUAUUUAUGGAUUACAAAGGGUGUUAUGCAAUGAACAGGCAGUGUUUGCAGCCAUGAUAAGGUCACUGUAAUUUAUGACAAAUACUACACGAUAGUAUGAGUUACAUUGUGGCAUGGAUUACAAAUCGGAUCUAAUGAUUUCGUUAUACCUACUGAGAAACCUUGGUCGCCCAGGAUCUAACUUGAUGACUUAUUUGAAAGGGCAACAGAGUAUCGUCAACAAGAGAAGAAACUCGGCAGAUCGAUGUGGGGUCCCCCGAGGAAGACGGCAAGAAGAAGAAACACAAUAAGAUCAAGACCUCCAAGUACACUGUGCUCAUGUUCUUGCCUAAGAACCUGAUGGAACAGUUCCGAAGAGUGGUGAACUUCUACUUCUUGAUCGUCACCAUUAUAGCUGUCAUUAUAGACAGUCCGGUAUCACCGCUAACAAGCAUAGCUCCCCUAAGCUUCGUGGUGCUCGUGACUGCCAUUAAGCAAGGUUAUGAAGACUGGCUGCGACACAAGGCCGACAACAAGGUCAACAAUCAGAUAGUGGAAAUAGUCCACAAAGGCGUGAUAAAAGAAGUCCGGAACUCCUCGAUCGCGCCCGGCACCCUCGUUCGCGUGAAGAGAGGCAAAGAAGUCCCAGCUGACCUGGUCCUUCUCUGCUCAGCUGGCGAGAAAGGAAAGUGUUACGUCACUACCGCCAACCUUGACGGGGAAACGAAUUUGAAGACUCUAAGGGUACCUCCACCGUUAGUGGCCUUCACGCCAGAUAUUCUACCGCAAGGCAUGCGAAUAGAAGUACCGCACAAUGUGCCAGACCUCUACACGUUUUUCGGCCGGUUAGAGAUCCCUAACCAGGAUAGUUUGGUGCUAACUACCGACCAUCUGAUGCUGAGGGGGUCCAGGGUCAAGAACACUGAGUGGGCGAUAGGAUGUGCCAUUUAUACUGGCGAAGAGACAAAACUGGCACUCAACUCAAAAUACUCAGGAAACAAAUUCUCAUCAAGCGAGCUGGCGAUCAACGAGUCCCUCCUAUACUUUAUAAUUCUCCUAAUAGUUGAAAUUGUAAUCUCUUUGGGUGCUAAACUGUUUAUUGAACGUCGGCACCCGGAGAGAGACAAAUACUUGGGCCCGGGCACCCCAUACCCUGCCCCUCUAAGCUCCAUUCUGCAAGAUCUAUUCUCCUUUCUACUGCUGUAUUACUACAUUAUACCGAUGUCGUUAUACGUCACUAUUGAGCUGUAUAAGUUUAUUGGGUCAUUAUUCAUCGCCUGGGAUGAAGACCUCCGUUGCGAGGAAACAGGCAAACCCGCGGUAGCGAACACGUCAGAUUUGAACGAGGAAUUAGGACAAGUGGAAGUGCUAUUCUCAGACAAAACAGGCACUCUUACUAAAAACCUUAUGGUGUUCAAAUCAUGCUCUAUAAAGGGGAGAAUGUAUGAAGAAAGGAGUUCCAGACUUUAUGAUGUAGAAAGGUUGGACGAACCUGUGGAUAUUAGUCAGACAGACAUCAAAUUCUUCUUCAAAAUCCUCGCUCUCUGCCACUCAGUUCAAGUUUCGAACGAAGACAUGAAAAAAUUAAGCGCGCGUCUCUCAGGGACUGGCAACUUGCAACUACUAAACUUCUUCAGAAGAAAAAAAAUAAAAGCACGAACUAACGCACCUUCUACGAACGUCAUAGACAAUGUUACUUGGAACACGAUUAUAAAUGAAAAUGGUAAUAAGAUGGAUUAUCAAGCGAGUAGUCCGGAUGAAAAGGCUCUUGUCGAAGUAGCCGAAAGAGUGGGGGUGACGUUUUUAGGGGAGGAGGGGAAUGACUUGGUGAUAAAAGUGGGGGAAUUAACGGAGAUGUAUGAGCGACUGCAAGUGAUUGAGUUUUCUUCGGAGAGGAAAAGGAUGUCGGUUAUAUUGAGGGAUAAGGAUGGGAAGAUUUGGCUGUUCUGUAAGGGAGCAGAAAGUUCAGUAUUCCCUCUGUGUACCAAUAGUACAUUAGUUGAGGAAACGGAUAAAGAUAUUAAUACAUUCGCUAACAAAGGUCUCAGGACUUUGGCGAUUGCGUACCGAGAGAUACCUGAAGAUGAAUAUGAGAGAGUUAAUGAAGCAAUAAAAAGUUUAGACGGCAAAAGUGCAGACGCAUUACAACUAGUCACACAACAAUACAGGGUGUUAGAGAAAAACCUCACGUUGUUAGGAGCUACUGGCGUUGAAGACUGUUUGCAAGACGAUGUGGCUGACACGCUCGCGUCGCUCAGACGAGCAGGGAUCAAGACCUGGGUGCUUACAGGCGAUAAGGUAGAAACAGCAAUAAACGUCGCCCAAUCCUGCGCCCACAUAUCAGAAAACGACCGACGAAUGUUUAUGAUAGGUGUAGCCGACAAUAUAGCUUUACAGGCCCAUUUUGAAGAAUGUAGGCGAAUUAUAAGCGAACCUAGUUAUAGAGACUUGACUCUAGUCGUAGAUGGGUCUAGUAUGUGUUUGGUGUUGGACACCCCUUAUGCUCCGGCUUUUGCGGAAAUAGCUGUCAAUUGUCAUGCCGUUUUGUGCUGUAGGUUGUCGCCGAUACAGAAGGCUAAGAUAGUAAAAUUAAUAAAGAACAGUCCAAGUAGGCCGAUAACAGCAGCUAUCGGAGACGGCGCGAAUGAUAUAUCGAUGAUACAAGAAGCUCACGUCGGCUUCGGCAUCCUCGGCAGAGAGGGACAUCAGGCCGGAAGAUCCGCUGAUUUUGCCAUCACAAAGUUUUCUAUGAUAAAGAAAAUGUUGUUAGUGAUGGGGCACUGGUACUAUCAGAGGCUGGCCACACUUAUACAGUAUUUUUUCUAUAAGAAUCUAGUCCUAGGGAAUAUUAUGUUCCUGUUUCAAAUCCACACAGUAUUUUCAACGCAGUCGAUCUUCGACUCGAUGUACCUGACGUUCUACAACUUAGUGUUCACAUCCGUACCUGUGCUCGUUCUCUCUGUCACCGAGCAGCGGUGGCCUGCCAGCUUAUUGGCCAGCAACCCAAUCCUGUACCGUGACAUCAGCCGCAACCGUCUGAUGUCGUGGCAGUACUUCGUGGCGUGGUGCCUGUCGGCCACCUACCACUCGCUGGUGGUGUACUGGUUCGCAUACGCCGUCAUACAGUACUCCGUCAUCAGCAUCGAUGGCCGCCCCGUCGAUCUGUGGUGUUUCGGUGCGAUAAUAUUCCACAUGAUGACGAUAGUAGUGAACUUAAAGCUGUGGCUUCAGACACGGUACCACACACUCAUCUUCGUGGCGUCCAUCUUAGUCUCCAUACUGCUAUACAUGGGCUUCAAUGUCGUGUACUCUGUUGUAUACUUUCCAAUAGACGGCGACGUGCUCGGAACAUACAUACGACUGCUCGCAGCUCCAACAUUUUGGUUCCUGAACCUUUUGGCGAUAUUAGCGUGUCUAAUUCCUGACUUCGUAGUUAGAAUCUUAUCGGAUCGGUGGGGGUUCAAAACCGUGCAGCGAACUCCCACUAGACCAUCUGUAUUUACUACCAGGCUAUGAUAAGUUGUUUAUAAGCAAAUACAUUUAAAAAUUGAGGAAUUGAAAACUUCUUGGGAAGUCGGUUAAUAAAUACUUAUUACGACUCAAGAACGGCUGAAUUGAUUUAGCUGAAAAUUGUUGAAGAGAGGUAGCUUAGACCCGGGAUAAGUACAAAGCAUUUUUAUCCCUAUCUGGCAGAUCCCUCAGGACGCGGGUGAAAUUGUGGGUGUAAACUAGUUUUAGAUAGAUAAAAUAUAUUUUUUGGAUCGAAGGACAGCGUGGAUUCCUACGACAAAGUCCUUGUAAUUUGUUAUCCAAUUUUGUAGUUGAAUAAAAUCGCUGUUCAUCAAUAGUGAAUUUAAUAAUAAUAAAAUCCUAAUAAAUAAGAGAAUUAACAUAUCACGAUAAAUAUUUGAAAUACUACAUGGACAAGUAGGUAGUAAAUAAUAUUAUAUUCACGUAUUGGAAUUAAAAGAAAAUAUUCGUAAGUAAAUAUUGCAAAAUUAGUACAAUAUGGUUUGAGGAACUCUUGUGAUAAAUACAGGGUGUAGUUUAAAUGUUAAUAUAUUAGGCAUACAUACUGUAUUAUAUACACUAGUACUAUAUAUUAUAUAGAAAAAGACGUAAUAGAAAAAAUACCGUAAUGAUGGUUGCAACGUCAUACUUAAAGGGUACUUAAAUAUUCAUAUUUAAUAUAAAAUGGACUAAGUAAGAAUUUGAUUUGUUAUAAAAUUUUUCUUCUAUAUGUAACAGAUUAAAUACAAUUGAUUUGGUCCUUUGAGUCGGGUGAGAGGUGCUAUAAGCAAAUUGUUUCGCCGACAAACUGGGGGUUGUAGUGAAUCCGGUAUUUAAAUAUUAAACAGUCCUAAUCAGUGUUAAGUCUACUUUAGAUAGCAAAUCAAUAAGUGUAAUUAGUUAUUUACUUUGUAUGUAUUAAUGGGCACAGCCUUGAUUAAUUGUUUCCUAAGAAAUAUGUUAGGGGGAAAUAAUUUGAAAAUUGGUGCUCUUAAAAUAAAGUAGUUGACUAGUCAUAUAAUAUAGUCUUUUGAGUUUCUUAUUAUUUAUCAAAUACUAAUGUGAUUUGGUAUAAGUAUACACGAAGUCAGUAUACUAUAAAAUGCUACUGGUGAUAGCUAUUUAUUUUGCUACCAAACAACAUUAUACAAAAAUUAAAGUAAAUUCUAUACUGUAAAAAUUGAGGUUAUGAAGAUAGAUAUAUGUACUAUUUUGUAUAAAUUAUAUAGAUUUAUAUAUUUCUGUUUCGAUAUUUAUUAUUAUUAGUUAGUAUAAGUGCUAGUCUUAAGAAUUAUUAAUAAGCAGUGCAUUUAUUACGAGAGAUUGUUCAGAAACAAUGCCUAAUACCUACAUUAAAAAUAGAUAUAAGUAUAUGCACUUUAUUUUUCUCUUAUGACAACACUUAACUUUCGUAGCAAUAAAUUAAAUUAAGAUUAUCCUCGCUAAAGUUACGUAAUAGUUAGUUGUAAAUAUUAUUUAAAGAAUACUUAUUAUAUUAAUUGACCAAUAAUUUUAAAUUAAAUGAAUUUAUUUUUUGAUA